AUGUCUCAGCAGGGUGCUGCACUUCAAAAUUACAAUAAUGAACUGGUAAAAUGCUUUGAGGAUCUGUGUAAACGGAGGGAAGACAUUCAGAGGCAGAUACAUGUUGACGAAACAGAGAAAGCGAAAUUACAAAGAGAUUUGAGUCAAAUUACCGAAAAGCUUAAUCGUGUAAAUGAUAGCUUGCAAAAAAAGCUGGUGCUUCGCAAUGAAUUGGAUCGGACCAUUGCCGAGUCUGAAGCUGCUUACAUGAAGAUUCUUGAAAGCUCUCAAACAUUACUUUGUGUUUUGAAAAAGGAGGGACAGGGCAUAAUGCAGAGAGCUGCUGCCAAGAAUGUACCUAUGUGA